AUGCCCACGCCGGACGCUGGUGUAACCUUCGAGGAGAAAGUCGCUUCGAUCUACGACGUGGCCCCCAAGGUGCGCAUCGCAGGCAGCGGCUUCGACGAGCUCGACGCCGCCUCCCUCAAGCUGUCCUUCGCGCCGAGAAUGACGGAGGGCCAAAACUACAAGGUGGACAUCCAGAGCUCCACCGUCAUGGUGCUCAGGCUCCAGCCUGGCAUGAAGCAAGGUCAGUAA